AUGGAGGUCGACGCCAGCAACGAGCCCAAGAAGGCGGGCCUUUUUGCUCGGUGCAGCUUUGUCAUCAUCUGCGCCGGCAGCUUGACUGAGAAAGACGCUGAGUCGUUGGCUAGCGAGCUGAGAUUGCAUGACGGCGAGGUCCUCAUCGACAACAACGAUGGCACGGCCAAAGACAUUCGUGGCAUCACGCACGUCGUCGCCACAACAUCCGACUUCCAUGACUUUCAUGCUUAUUGCGACGCCCUUAUUCCUGUCCUCAAACCCGCCUGGAUUCAACAUUGUCUUGCGAAGGACCGACUGGUCAAUACCCGCCAAUACAGUCCUGACCCGCGUCUCUUCAUGUCGGACGUUGUGGUGUGCGUGGCGGAUCUCCCUAUGGGCGAUGCCGAUGCAAUUGCCGGUGGAAUUCUUGCCAUGGGAGGUCUCUUCUCGUCCAGACUCACGAACCAAAUUACUCACGUAAUCUCGCUGUCGAUGGAUUCAGAAUCUUGUGUCCAGGUCCAGAGAAAGAAACUGAAUGUGAAGAUUGUGUUGCCACACUGGGUGGAUGACUGUUUGAAACUGGGGAGGAAAAUCGACGAGCAACCUUACAUGCUUCCGGACCCAGAGAUUUUGAGACCCUCGAUGAACAAAGCUCCGACAGGGAAACGCAAAACGCCCGUGGAAGGGGCAUCGGAUCCUGACCCAUCACAACAGAAGCCAGGCGUCGAUCCACCACGCAAGCUCCAUAAAGUCUUCAAGAAAAAGGCGGUGAUGCUGGCUAGUGAUCUGGGGAUCUCACCAUAUCUUCGUGGCAUCCUCGAAGGCAUCAUUACUGUCGGCGGAGGCAAGCUGACGGACGCCGUGUCCAAAACGGACAUGUACAUCUGCAAGUAUCGAGAAGGCCAGGAUUACAAGUUCGCUUCCAGGUCAGGUUUGGAUGUUGGAAACUUGGCCUGGCUCUAUUUCCUGAUCCAAACCGACGAGUGGACAUCCCCCAUGCGGCGUUUACUACACUACCCGGUAGCGAGAGAAGGUCUUCCGGGUUUCUCAAAUAUGAAGAUCAGUCUUUCAAACUACAGUGGAGAAGCGAGAACGUAUCUGGAAAAUUUGAUCGCCGCGACUGGGGCCGAAUGCACCAAGACUUUGAAACAAGACAACACCCAUUUGAUCACAGCACAUGGCAUGAGCGAAAAAUGUUCAGCUGCGCAGGAUUGGGGAAUUCAUAUCGUCAAUCAUCUAUGGCUUGAAGAGAGUUACGCCAAAUGGAAGCUACAAAGUGUUACCGCCAGCAGAUAUACACAUUUCCCGAAACGUACGAAUCUGGGCGAUAUUGUUGGUUCCACCCAAUUGGAUCGUGACGUUCUUGAACGAUGUUUCUUCCCGGAUGAAGAUGUCGACAUGACGGAUGCGCCCCCGACGGCAGCUAUGCGUCCAGUGAACCAAAAUGCUGUUACCGCCACCGAGCCCAAACAGCCUUCCGCCGCAAAGAAGGUCAACCGUGAUCAAGCAGCCAAAGAUGCUUCUGCGAUCCAGCCUGACCAAGUUCAAACACCGGCACCACCGAAAUUCAUCGCGACUGGCAAAGAAAAUAUUACCCCAUUGACGGGCAACGGCCGAAAAUCAAAAGAAGCCGCGGCCGCACGUCUACAGAGCAUGACCCCGGACAUCCUCCUUUACGAAAAGGAGCGCAAACGAGUUGGUGGUGUUGUGUACGGUGGUCGACGGCAAAAGGACGAAGAUCGAGUCCUGACGGGCCGAAAACGAUCCGUGGGUGAAGCGUUGGAGGACGUGACGGACGACAAUGAAGCAAAGAAAGGCAAGCGAGGUAAUCCUCCUCCGGUAAUGCAUUUGAUGGUUUCCGGCUACAACAAGUGGGUAAACCAUGCAAAAAUUGAAGAGAAUGACAAGAAACAACUUCGCAAUCUUGGGAUUGUUUGCACGACAGACGCGAGCAAAGCAAGCCAUCUAGCUGCUCCCCAUAUUGUUCGCACGCAGAAAUUUGUCACCGCGUUGGCUUACGCUCCGUUGGUCAUAUCGACAAACUUCAUUGACGCCUGUCUGGAUGAAGAUGAACUGCUUGACCCGGAGGAUUUUAAGCUCGAAGACAAGAAGAACGAGGAGAAACUUGGCUUUUCACUCAAACUUUCUCGAGAACGAGCCCAGAAGAAUCAUAAUCAACUGCUUCAAGGCCGGAGUGUCUAUUGUAUGGAGAACAUUCACGGGGGAUUUGAUACAUUCAGAGUCAUCGUAGAGGCCAAUGGUGGACGAUGUAUGCCGUGGCGAAAUCGCAAAGGCACCAUUGUUCCCUCGAGUCGAGCAGACGGUGAAGUCGGUACCGAUAUUGACAUAAACAAUGACGUCUACCUGUUGAGUGAUGAUCGAAAAGAGAAUAGGAGUUUAUGGGUUCGCUUCAAGGAAAUGGUGGAGGGAAGUCGAAAACAACCUCGAAUCGUUGCGGCGGACUGGCUUUUGGAAACUGCCAUGUCUCAGCAACUUCUCCCGACGAAGCAGUACGAAUUGGGGCUUGCUGCGUGA